AUGCAGCCCGCGCGGGCGCCCGUGGUCGCCUGCGCGACCAACGGCGACCUCUUCUGCCGCGAGUGCGCGAUCAACGACCUCCUGGCGCAGCGCAAGGAGAUCAAGCGGCUGGAGCGGGAGCGGGAGGAGGCGCGGAGGCGGAUGGCCGAGGACGAGUCGCGCACGCUCGAAGAGGCCAAGAUGCGGGAGCUGCGCGAGUUUGAGCUCGUCAGCAUGGGGCUCGAGGGGACGGCUAAUAAUAACAACAAUAAAAAACGCAAGGUGCCCACGAUGGAGGACGAGACUGCUACCGCUGCGGCGGUGCAUGCGGCGACGGAAUCGUUCCGCCAGCGCGAGGUCGAUGUUAAUGGGAAACGGAGGAAGGUGUUUGAGCUGGGAGAGGCGGAGAUGGCGCGCUAUGCGAAGGAGGAGCAGGAGAGGUUGAGGAAGGAGAUUGAGCGGGAGAGAGCAGAAUCAAAUAAACCAGCGCUUCGCUCCUUCUGGAUCCCCUCGCUGACGCCCUCGACCGAGACGGACAUCACGACCAAACCGGUCAAGAUGUCGCCUAUAUGCCCCGGGUCGACGGACAAGAACCGGCACGAGUACUCGCUCAAGACGCUGGUCGACGUGCACUUUACGGAGGAGAAGGUCGAGGAUGGGUCCGGGGAGGUGUCGCGCAUCUGCCCGAGCUGCAAGAAGGUGUUGACGAACGGGUUGAAAGCGAUGCUGACCAAACCCUGCGGCCACGUCAUCUGCCAACCCUGCGUCACCAAAUUCAUGACGCCAGAGUCAACCAUCCACCCGCACGCCGACGACAAGGACAAAUGCGCCGCCGUCGGCCGCAUCCUAUGCUACGUAUGCGAGACAGACAUAACUCCAGAGACGAAAUCAUCGAAGUCGAAGAAAGACAAAAACAACGACAAAGAGAAAGAUAGAGAUAGAGAGGGGAACAAUGCUCACAACAGCAACAGCAAGAUAAAACCCGGCCUCGUCGAGAUCAGCGCCGAAGGAACGGGUUUCGCGGGCGGAGGGGAUAAUAUUGUGGAAAAAGCGGGCGUGGCGUUUCAGUGUUGA